GUGGGAACAGGUUGAGGGAAGGAUUUUGGAGUGUGGUAUAUUGCUAUAAACCAGCAGACGCACUUAUGUUCCUUCACUUGAAUCUCAAUAACAGGGAUUAUUUCAUACAAGCAACUCCGCUGACCAGUGGAACAAACUCCCAUCACAGGAACUGAGGAUGAGGAUGAAGAGCGCUCUGAACCUGCUGUCGCUGGUGUGUCUGUGUGCAGCCCAGAAGAAAUUGACCCAGGACACAUCUGAGUGGGAUGGCCGAGACAAACCGAAUGGCAAGAGCUGUUCAAACCUGACGCAGGUCCUGGACAACUGGAAAUACGCCAUCAUGUACCAGGUGAAAGACAUGCUGGUCAACGAUCAUGCGUCCAUCUUACCAGAAUAUGUCAGGAUCCAGCCCCUCUCAGACGCAGUGGGAGAUCUCUAUAAGCAGUUCAACACUCUUAAGGAGAACCUGGCAAAGCUAACCAACAAGUUUGACAAAGUGGAAAGCUUUGUGGACGAGAUCCAAGCAGGAAAAUUUCCCAAGCCAAAAAUCUGGAUGCCUCCGAGACUCCCUGUCAGGAGAAUCCCAGUCAAAAGCCCUGCAAGAGUCCCAGGUAAAGCUGUGUGGGCUCAGAGGAGAGCCAGGAGAGGGCCUGAAACUUAACAGACGACAGUAAGAGAGGACAGCUGAACUCAUUACUGGAUCUGGACACAUAAUCAUGAUGCUUUUCUAACUGUAGCCCGCCUAAACCAGAGAUGAGCCUGUCGGGAUUUAAUACAGGUGCAUUCUGGGAUUUACAGCGUUUUAUAUCACAAAAUAUACAGACUUACGUCAUAAACUGACUGUAUGGAACAUGUUGCAUUUGAAAUGACCAUUAUUUGUAUAGUAUGAUGGAGUUUGACUUUUAUGUAUGCAUUAAGAAAUAUUAACAAAAAUGUAUAUUAGAUAUAUUAGAGCUAUAGUAAUGGAAAAUGUGAGGUGAGUUGAACAGAAAAAAUGUUAAAGGACAUGUGCAAAAAUGCAUUAAAUAUUGAAAUGUUUACUUUUUUCCUCUUUUACUGAUUCACUAAUGUAUAUGUAAAUACAUACUAUAUAUAUGUGCAUAUGUUUUAGCAUGUUUAUCAGAGCACAUUACUCAAAAAAAUAAGCAUAUUUGUGUGUUGAUCAGCAUCUCAUUGUUGCAUGUUAUAAUAAGCUACAAGUAAACAACAGCUGGGAAAAUAAUAUACACCAGUACUGAAGAACUGAAAAUACUAAAAUGAUAAAGCAUUUCUGAUGGACCGUGUCUGUCCUCUACUGGACGAUCAUUGUAGGAGAUCUGAACAUCUGAAGUGAUGCAUUUGUUGAAUCUCUGCCUAAAUCUAAUCACAUUAAUAAUUCAUUUGGCUUUCAUUGUAAUGAAAGCAGAUGUGCUGGAUGGAAACAAAACAGUCAAUCAUUCUCUCUAAAAGUGUUUCUUAUAGAUAUGAUGCAUCUUACCAACCAGAAAAAACAAUGCUCCACUGACACCUGUUUUUUGGUUUUAUAUAAGAUUAACAGUCUCUUUCAUAUGUUGACAUUAGGAAUAAUGUUGCCAUUAAAACUCAUAUAUAUCAUAUUUUUUCUCAGCAAAUUCAUGCAA